AUGUCGUACCAACCGCUCGACGAAACAAACGAAGAGAUUCGCCUGCUGUCGAUAUCACCCGAACGACCAGGCGAGGAUAAACUGGAGUGUUCAUUGGCUAUUGUUUCCUUGAAAGACCUCAAUCCUGAGCAUGGAUCUUUUCCCAGGCGAGUGACAACCGCUGGGAGAGAAGAACGGCUGGCCACGUGGUGGAAUUUCACAAGGCCAGACCCUGCUUUAACCUGUCAACCGCCCCCUCCCAUUCCACCUGCGGACAGCUAUCGAUUUGAAUGGGGAGACUUUGCCACGCUCUCGUACACAUGGGGCGAUCCUGAGAUCACCGAAGCCAUUCUCCUAGACGGCAUCCAUGCACCGGUUACCACGAACCUCGCUGCCGCAUUGCGCACCUUUCGAAAGCUGAAUUACUUUAGCGGCCGCUUCAGCCUCUGGGUCGACUCAUUAUGCAUCAAUCAGCAGGACUUGGACGAGCGGAGCUCCCAGGUCGCCAUGAUGCGGGAUAUAUACGCCAGGUCAUGGACUACCAUGACUUUUCUCGGUGCAGCGGCCGACAACAGCGACAAAGCUCUGGGCUUGCUCAAGACUUUGGCUGCGCACGAAGUGAACAAGACGACCGGCCACCUGAGAGAUAUUCUACAGGAUCGUCCAUGGCAUCUUGGGGGCCAAGGAGAGUGGUUAGCGCUACAAGCCUUCCUCCAACGCCGCUACUGGUCUCGGUUGUGGGUUGUCCAGGGGUCCGCACUAGCUCCCCCGAACAUGCUCAUGUUUGCCGGCGAGGACUCUAUCACUUGGCAAGAGGUGCAAGACGGCUUAACCUCAAUCCACACCUGUCUUUGUAUUCGUUUUCAGCAGAUGGCCGUCUUCUAA